AGUCGCUUGGCGGCGGUGAAGAAGAGGAGGGAGGGAGUUUGAGGUGGAGGUGGUGGUAGGGGGGCAUUCCUGUCAACCGCUGCUGACAGCCAAUAGGAGCCUUCGCAUUCGCCGAGAUUCCCACGGUCGAGCCGCGCCGAGCCAAUAGGCGACAGCAAUGGGAGAAAGUGGGCGUAUCCGUCGUUAGGAGGAAAAUAAUCGGUGACGCUUCUCUCGCUUCCUCUGAUCAGGAGGAGGCGGGGUACUGCCGUUUCUGAUAGAUCAAAAAGAACCAAUCAGGGAACUCCGUGCGGCAGCGCUGUAAGAGGGGUGGCCAAUGAACGGUUAAGCGCGAGCUGUCAAUCACCCCGGGCUCUGUGGAGUGGGCGGGGCUUUGCUCGGCUGUAGUUCCGUCAUCUCGCUCGUCUCCGCGGAUCCAGGGGGGCAAUGUUGAUUUGGGUAAAUUCCCGUCGUUGUCGGACCCCGCGUGUUUAAUGUUUAAAGCUGGCUUCAGGAACGGAACGUGGAGGGCUGUCGCUUGAGAACAUUGCAUCCCCGUCGUCGGUGUCGCUGUUUUUUGGGCUGGGGAAGAGGUGGGGAGCCGGGGGGCCUCGCUCGGAGGGGGCUGCAAGGAGGGACAGGAGGAGACUGGAUCUUCCGUGUUCAGGCCAAGUGCGCCGAGGUCGGCCUGACUGAAGCCCCAGCUACCGACUUAGCCUCGGAUUUAAGCGGCUCGGUGUCGGUCGCCGGUUGUUGAUGACCGUGCAGUGAGUGAGCCCACCUCUCUACCUCGGCUCUGCAUCAGCAGCUGUCAGCCUGCUGCAGAUCCACAUCUCUGAAACAACGUUACUGUUACAGCUGGAUUUAGGAUACACCGGUCAGACCUAACCCAACUGAGACCGGCUGCAGGGCGGCCAAGAAGCCACGGAUCGCCCGUUGACAGGUUGUCACAAUGGGCAACGCGCCCACGGCUAGGAAGGGCAGCGAGAUGGAAAGCGUCAAGGAGUUCCUUGCUAAAGCCAAAGAGGACUUUCUUAAAAAGUGGGAGAACCCUGCACAGAACACUGCUGGCCUGGAGCAGUUCGAGAGGUUGAAAACCUUGGGCACGGGCUCAUUUGGCCGUGUGAUGCUGGUGAGGCACAGAGAAACGGGACAGCAUUACGCCAUGAAGAUCCUCAACAAGCAGAAGGUGGUGAAGCUCAAGCAGAUAGAGCACACUCUGAAUGAGAAGAGGAUUCUUCAGGCUGUCAGCUUUCCUUUUCUGGUGCGGCUAGAGUACUCGUUCAAGGACAACACUAACCUCUACAUGGUGAUGGAGUAUGUACCAGGUGGAGAGAUGUUCUCCCAUCUACGGAGAAUUGGCAGAUUUAGUGAGCCUCACGCUCGGUUCUACGCAGCUCAGAUUGUCCUGACCUUUGAGUACCUGCAUGCUUUGGACCUGAUCUACAGAGACCUGAAACCUGAAAACCUGCUUAUAGACCAACAGGGCUACAUACAGGUGACAGAUUUUGGCUUUGCCAAACGUGUAAAGGGCCGGACCUGGACACUGUGUGGCACCCCUGAAUAUCUGGCCCCAGAGAUUAUUCUCAGCAAGGGGUACAACAAGGCAGUGGACUGGUGGGCGCUGGGCGUUCUCGUCUAUGAGAUGGCAGCAGGGUACCCUCCCUUCUUUGCUGACCAGCCCAUUCAGAUCUAUGAAAAGAUCGUAUCAGGGAAGGUGCGUUUCCCAUCCCACUUCAGCUCAGACCUGAAGGACCUCCUGAGGAACCUGUUGCAGGUGGAUCUCACAAAACGUUACGGGAACCUCAAGAACGGCGUUAACGACAUCAAGGGACACAAGUGGUUUGCGACCACUGACUGGAUCGCCAUCUACCAGAAAAAGGUGGAAGCUCCCUUCGUACCUAAGUUCAAAGGACCCGGCGACACCAGCAACUUUGACGACUACGAGGAGGAGGAGAUCCGCGUCUCCUUCAACGAGAAAUGUGCCAAGGAGUUUGCAGAGUUCUAGAGUUAGAGAGCGAGGGAGGAGGAAAGAUGGAAGUAGGGAGAGUCCAAGGUAGGCUGGUCGAGUGGGAGACGGAAGGAGAGAAUACUGUCUCCUGUCCAAUCACAGCACCAGCUUCAAACAGAGGGAAAAAUGGGAUAGAGAAGGGAAAAAGAGCAAGGAGACUGAUAACCAGCAGUGUUGCCUUUUCUGUUGCGUUUCUGUUGUAUUUAAUUUAUUGUUUUGUCUUAUUUAUGGAUCCCUUAAUGAUGAAGGUGCGCUUCAGAUUUAUAGGUGUUGGGGACCACCACUUAUUUAGAGUUGCCUCGACACAUUUGAACCUAAAUCUCCCCUGCUCUUCAACGGUUCAUUCAUCAUUUAGGCCACAUCAUCACACAAAGCCCAUCGAGCUGUACAAGCUGAGGUCUCAAUCUGCACAAAGUUUUGAAACUGAACAAGCGAUCCAAGUUAACAAGAGGAGCAGUGAAGUGAAUCACUCAUCUGCACUUACACGUCUUUCUGUGUCCACUGUUUACUCAAUAUUUGAAUCCUUCAUAUCACAGAUCGCACACGGUGAGACACAGGCGUAAGAUCAAGAUUUAAACACUUUGUGCUCCAACAAAUUUCCAAAACACAUCAAUUCAAUCUCUGUUUAACCUCCAUGUCAUCGUGAGCAUAGCCAGGCUUUGUGCACAUCCACAGCCCUCAGUUUUUAAUCAUUACCAGACGUGUGUGGCUCUAAUGAUCUUAUCAUGAGAACUCAAAAGGGAAUGUGAAUAAGGGAAGGGAAAUAUCUCCGUUUUAUUGUUGUUGUAAAGGAACAUAAUGGUAUCUCAGGUUUGAACAUAUCAUUUGAUAGACAUUUUAUCAACAUGGAGCUUAAAGAUCUGCAGGUGAAGAUUUGCUUACACUGAGAGGAACAUAAGGGAACGUGAAACCGUCAGUUUCCCCUUCCAGGAGAUUCUGUUUGGUGUCAGAACGCUUCCCAACACGGCGGCGUAGAGCGUUUUAAAGUUGAUUUUAAAUCUACCAACCUGAAGAGACCAUCUGAGGCAGACUACUCCACGCUGCUUCACGCUGCCGCUCAGCAGAGCACUUAGAGCGGGCACUGACAGCAGUCUGGAUCGGUUUCUUUUCAUGGUCUCUGGUAGAAAGGCAUGUUUUUGCUCCUCCUCUCAGCACCUGCAGACCACACUCCAUGCGACGGCAACUUUCUCUCCGUCUCCGUGUUUACAUGUUUUUGUUUCAUUCCCUUUUUUGCGUGGUGUUGAUGUAAAGAUGUGAAGAUGAACGGCAUUCCACUGAACAAGGACCAGGCGACGGGUCGAAUUAGACUUGAGGAGAGACAGAAAUGAGUUUAUUGAACGGUUUACAAGCUGCCGGUUUAAUGAUACGACACGUAGCACUUCAGGUGUUCAGUGCCUCCUCUAGCUCCUGAACAAUGGUGACAAAGUACUGACGCAAUGCCCAAAUCAGAAUAUCAAAUUCAACAAGUGACACUUGCUUUUGUUACAUGCAUUUGAAUGCCUUCGUCAUAGCUGUGUGUGAACAUGACACCAUCAUGAAGACAUGAUUUGGUUAUGAAGGCGUAUCUGACGUAUCUGAUGAUCCAGAUUAUGUUUUCGUCCCCCCUCCAGAACACUUCAGAUAUGAUGAAAUGUAACACCCCUCAUGUCAGAGUACACAUGUAUGAUGUGUUGCUUUGUGAGAGUCUCAUUAGACAUAUGGAAUGAUGCUGAAACCGACCAAUCAGUGACCUGUUUCAGAUCCUUCUUAGGUUUGUGUUACUUGGAGUGGGCCCCACCACUCCUCCACUCUCUGUUCUUCAUGUUUGGUAUCAGCAUGCUGAGAUAUUCCAUGGCCCCAGGUUUGCUGUGUGGUAAUUUAAUUUCAACACAAAUUAAUUUAAGAACGUGCACCAUGUAAGCGCAGCUGAAUUAAUGAAGGUCUUAAAGGGCCACGCCACUGAUUUAAUAUUACACUUUCAUUACAUGCGAGACACUCAAGCUCAGGCCGAGAGAUCCUGAUCCUGUGUGUUAAUAAUGUAACUGCUCUCACGUCGACACAGGAGGGAUUCAUGUCGACUGUGUUUUACUCUCUCUAAAAAAUGAAUCAAAAAGCAAAGUUGGAUUUAUCUGAACAUUUAGAGAAACACACCUUUCCUCACAUGGAAGGAUGAAAUUGGCUUACUAUGUUAUAUUCAGUUAAAGCUGGUCCGCACAGCACUUUUCUUUUUCACAUAUGAACACUAAACUGAUAUUUUUGCACAAAGGGGGGACGUCAAGUUACUAGAAACAUUUGUUGUAGUGAUCCUGGGGCUUUGUGAGGGUCCACCAACGUCCAGGCCCAGAGCAGCUUCUCUCUUUGCCUUACGUCCCCUGCUGUCCAUCAACUUUACUGAGUUCUGACUCCACACAGUGAAACCACUUCAAACAUUUCAAAAAGAUCAGCCUCAAGUUAGAAUCUUAACCGUAGAUAAAUGAAGAGGAGAGCUUCAAAGUGGAAACGAGCUGCUUCAUUUUGGACUCAUUUAAGAAGUUAUUAUUAUUGUCAUUUUAAUUAUGAUUAUGACAUUGAUGUAAACAACUUGUUGAGACUUCACUUGCUGUAUUUCCUCCAUGUCAAGUUUAAUGUUGGCGGUAUCAUCAUGGACAAAAUGUUUGAAGUUAUAAUACGAUAUUAUUCUGUGUCUCCUCGAUGUUUUUGCAGUUAUACAACUUCCUCUCGAUGCAGGCACAAUGCUGGUACAUACUGUCGCACUUUUUAGGGAAAUGAGACCCCAAUAUAAACCAUGUUAACCCCCGACACACACGCAUACAUGCACACACACACACACACACACACACACACACACACACAGUGAGUCACACACACUGCAAAAGGAAGCAUCUGAGGUCACGGGAGAAGUGACAGAAAAACACGAAGUGUAAUAUUUUGCAACAUGAGUAUCAUUCCAAUAAAGUUUUACUUGUAAAAUUCUA